CCUUUAUUACUUUUAUACAAUUGGACUCCCAUCUUCAUUCCAGUUACAGCAUAGAUGUUCCUUUCGGUCUCCAUCUUCUACUUUUCUUUACCAGUAUCCUCAUCCCCAACCAUCCGAGUGGUUGCUGUUGAGUUGUACUUUAAAAUGAACAGUUGUUUCCAUAGUGUGAUAAAAAUGUUGCCGUUUGUCAUGUGCCAGAUUUAUGCUAUGUUUUUCCUCCCGUUCCACUAUCUUGGUGGCUUUUUUCUGAAGGAAAGUAACCUUACACUUUCAUAUCACGGCAUUGGAAAAAGUGAAGAUAUUGAUCGUGUUAAAGAGGCUCAAGUGGCAUGUCCAUAUUCCCAAAGCCAAGAGAGUGAAGAAAUUAUGUCCAAUUCUAAAAUUGACAGUUCCAGGUGUCCUGGUUCUCAUCCAAAUGAUUGCCAAGUGCUUUCAGUUUCAGAAUAUACAAAUACACCAUUGCUUUCAGAUGGUGCACAGGCAUUGGAACAUGGAAAUGCUCAAUCAGAAUAUAAUUACCAACCAAGUUCUGGAUUUCACUUUGGCUCAUCACAGCUUGCUGCAGAACAGAUACAUGCUGAAGAUAGUUUUCUUGAAAGUUUGCCAAACAAUUUUGGUAUAGAAUCGGACCCCUUUCAACUAAACAGGAGCAAUAAGAAGACGGUGGCUACCCUCAUUUCAUUGGGUGCAGAUCGUGGAGCAUCAACAAUGCGAUCACCAGAAUAUCCUUCACGCAUUAAACCUGCCGAUCUGGCCUCUGCCAAUGGACAUAAAAGAAUUGCUGUAUACCUUCGAGAAAUGUUAUUAGCAGCUGCAAGUACGGAAUUGCAGCGAAGGAAAUGUGGAUUUUAUCCAAAGAAACGUGUAUUUUUGCGAAGGGAAGCUGAACUUACACCAGCGGAAGCUGAAUUUUUGCGAAGUGAAACUGAAUCUAUGCGAAAGGAAACUGAAUCUAUGCGAAUGCAAGCUGAAUUUAUGCUAAAGGAAGCUGAAUUAGCGGUAAAGGAAGCUGAAUUUUCGCUAAAGGAAGCUAAAUUGACACCAGUGGAAGUUAUGCAGAUGCGAAUGGGGGCUGAUCAUAUGCGAAGUUGCGCUUUUGACCUUAGACAAAGGAAAGAUGAAUAUGAGACUUUUCUGAACCAAAUCCUGGGUAAGAAAAUGAAAGAGGAUGAAGAAGAGGACGAGGGGCCAGACGACGAAGGGCCGGAGGGCGGAGGGCCGGAGAAGGACGAGGGACCGGAGAAGGACGAGGGACCGGAGAAGGACGAGGGACCGGGGAAGGAGAAAGAAGAGGGAAAGAAACGAGCACCAGACUCUGAUUUGGAUGGGGGAAAGGCACACAAGAUUUUGAAGGCACAUUUAGCAUGCAUGGCUCUGUUGAGCGCAUAUUACGUUGUGCAAAGCAUGGAGACAAUCCAAAUGCUUGUGUUGGUAUGGCCCAACAGAUCUGGGUUCGGUGAUUGCAGUUGGAAAGAGGAAGAAAGAGAAAGAAAGAGGGGGAAGAAAAUGGAUUGAGAGGGAGAGGGUCAUAAUAUAAUUUUGUUGUUUUU